GGACUGUCCAAAAGUGCUUCGUUAUCUAUCCGAUGUCAAACUUCUUGCUCUCCCCAUCAUCUUCCGUGAAACUGUUGUGUCGGUUCAGCUCGUUCAAAUCAGCUCCACUCCAAACCGUCGCUCGAGAUUGCAAAGUCUCACAGCCAAGACGUUAUCUGCGGAUUCCACGACGCACAUUUAGCAGCCAUUCAGUGAAGAUGUCGGACCUAGCAGUUGAGCUGACAGCGCCAAAUGGCAAGAAGUAUAUGCAGCCGAUUGGGCUGUUCAUCAACAAUGAAUGGGUGAAGUCCAGCGAUGGUGGAAUGAUCACGAGCAUUAACCCUAGUGAUGAGAGCGAAAUCACAUCCGUGUAUGCCGCGUCGGCUGAGGAUGUUGACACAGCUGUCGCAGCGGCACGCAAAGCAUUCAAUGAUCCUUCCUGGCGUGACUUGCCCGGUACAGAUCGUGGUGACCUCAUGUUCAAGCUUGUCAAGCUUGUUGAAGAGCACAGGGAGAUUCUUGCCACCAUUGAGACGUGGGAUAACGGCAAACCAUUCUCCGUUGCGCUGGAUGAGGAUCUAGGGGACGUGAUUAGCACGCUCAAGUACUAUGCUGGCUACGCCGAUAAGAUUCACGGCCAAGUCAUUGAGACAACACCGUCGAAACUGGCUUAUACGAUUCGCGAGCCAAUUGGCGUCUGCGGUCAGAUCAUUCCCUGGAACUAUCCGCUGUCAAUGGCAGGUUGGAAGCUUGGCCCAGCUUUGGCUUGUGGUAAUACCGUGGUCAUCAAGGCGGCAGAGCAAACGCCUCUCUCAAUUCUGUACUUGGCCAAUCUAAUCAAGGAAGCGGGUUUUCCCCCAGGUGUCGUGAACAUUUUGAACGGCUACGGACGUGUAGCAGGUGCUGCGAUUGCUUCCCAUAUGGGCAUCGACAAGAUUGCCUUCACUGGUUCCACAGCUACAGGCAAGGAAAUCAUGAAGCUAGCUUCUGUUAAUAUGAAGAAUAUCACUCUCGAGACUGGUGGCAAAUCGCCUCUUCUAGUUUUUGACGAUGCGGACCUUGACCAAGCGGUGAAAUGGGGACACAUUGGUAUCAUGUCGAAUAUGGGCCAGAUUUGCACCGCAACGAGCAGAAUCUUAGUCCAGGAAGGCAUUUACGACAAAUUUGUUGAAGCAUUCAAGGAGCGAGUCAAGUCAACUAGUAAAGUUGGCAAUCCAUUCGAGGAUGAUACUUUCCAGGGUCCUCAGGUGACAAAGGCACAAUAUGAGCGCGUCCUUUCGUAUAUCGAAUCCGGCAAGUCCGAAGGUGCAACUUUGGCCCUAGGUGGCGAGGCCUACAAAAACGUCGGCAAUGGGAAAGGAUUCUACAUUGCACCGACAGUUUUCACAAACGUCAAGGAUGAUAUGAAGAUUUUCCGCGAGGAAGUUUUCGGUCCUUUCGUUGUUAUUUCGUCAUUCAAGGACGAGGAAGAAGCGCUCGCUCGUGCCAACAAUACUACAUAUGGGCUGGGCAGCGCUGUCUUCACGAAGGACAUAGCAAGGGCACACAGAGUAGCGAGAAAAAUAGAGGCUGGCAUGGUGUGGAUUAACAGUUCUAACGACUCGGACUUCAGAGUUCCUUUUGGAGGUGUCAAACAGAGUGGCAUUGGCCGCGAGCUCGGCGAGGCUGGCCUUGAAGCUUACACAAACAAAAAGUCGGUGCAUGUGAACUUGGGCAACUGGCUAUGACGAAAUACUGAAGUUAUAGACUAAUGUAACACCAAUGUGAACAUGCAAGGUCACGAACCAUGACUUCCGACAAUACGAAUACCUAAGGCUCAUUGUUUUCGAUUGUGACGGUGAUGUGUUUGACGUUAUAUUAAUCAGAUCACAACGGUAAUCAUAGAAGUUCGCUCAAAAAAACUAUGCACAAGUGUUUUUAGCCUUCUUAAUUGUUAUGCAUUACGGCCUUUUGAAGUGAACUGGUCGUAGAGUCAUCUGACAAAUAAUGUAAUUACGAUUGUUGACCUCUUGCUUUUCAGCCCUAGAAACUAAACCAAACUUCAAG